AUGUCAAUCAAUGAUUCCGACUCCAGCUCUGAACUUAACUCUCGAAAAAAGUUUUUCAACGGUGAAUAUACAGACCACCACAAGGACCACCACAAGGAGCUGGAUCCGGAUCCUGCGAGAGAGCAAGCCACCAUAUUUGAAAGACUGAUUGGGAAGCUGAAAGAAGUUGAAAAUUUGACUCCCGCAACCAUUUCAGAGCUGAAAGAAAAUUGGGCAAAAACUCCUGAAAAAGUCAUGUCACUUUACAAAGACUGGAUGGCAGUGCUAUCCCUCCAAUCCCGGAUUCAAAGUGGCAUCGACUCGAAACUAGAAGAAUUGAUAAUUCCAGAACGGGUCGCAAAAGUAUGGAUGGCCAGAUACGUCACUCAGUCUCGAGAGACUCAGUCGAAAAUUAAUAAAUUUGUUCGGUUCAGACUGCUCAAGCUGGGGGGAUACAGUCCAAAUAUUUUGUAUCGGAAACUGAUAAAAAUUUUACCUUCACAUUCCUAUCUGCCCACGGAGCAUCGCGAUGAAAGGUCUCAAUUGGACGCAGAGAAAAAAUGGACCUUGGAACCUUCCGAGCAAUGCUGGAUGCUUCCUUGGAGAUAUGCGUUCCACGUUGUAGAUCUGUUGUCUGAACAUGCUUUCAUCGAUCAAGAAAAAUUGACAAGAUUCUUGCGAGAUGAAGAAAUGGCAAAACAAGUAAUAUUCUACAGUAAUGUCUAUUUUGGUCAAACGCUAGGCCUUCGUGGUGAAAAGGCCUGGGAACACUUGCCUAAGUCUUUCAAGGCCCUUGAUCGUGAAACCAGAAGUACUUUGCAGCAAUUAUUAAAAGAGGGGUCCAAGAAGCAUGUUCAAAAACCACCGAGGGCAAAAACCUAUGCCCCUGGUGAUCAAGACGGAAGAAGAGUGCGAAUACUUGCAGAGGAAAAGAUGAGACCUGGGUAUGAGGUGGAUUGGUCUUCAAGGAAAACUGGAAGGUUCACCGGUUCUCGGUUUUUCAAGGCAACCCUCAUGACUGAUAGCAUCAGUAGACUAGAAAAGGAAUUUUCGGAGAACAAGAUCUGA